UCAAAGGCUAAAGCGUGUUGUUCUCAGUUGUUCUUCAUCACCAAGCCACAUUUAAAAACCGGCUUGCAAAUUGUUCACAUUUGGCUAAAAAUGGGUGGAAAUGAAACUGAAGAGAAAAACUCGAUGAAAAUUCGUGAAAAUUUAUACCGCUUGAUCAUAAGUCAGCUCUUUCACGAUGGUUACCAGAAUUUGGGACUCAGUCUAUCGUCCUUGGUACAGGCCGAGCCUCUGUGCCCUCCUUCAAACAGACUUCACCAUUUGGUACAGUACGGCUUGCAGCAUGAGCCAGAUGCUCCACGGCCGGUGACCAAAGUUGAAAGCCUUCUCGGUGCUGGGCUUGACCUCGAAUAUGAGACCGACAUCCAAAGCUUGGCCCCGGAACCAGCUCUGUAUGAAACGGCUUAUGUCACCAGCCACAAAGGACAGUGCCGAGCUGGCGCUUUCAGUUUAGAUGGAAACUUGGUCGCCACUGGAAGUGUUGAUGCCUCCAUCAAAAUUUUAGACGUGGAGAGGAUGUUGGCCAAAUCAGCACCUGACGCCGAUGAGAGAGGCACAGGCCAAGACCAGCAAGGCCACCCUGUCAUACGAACCUUGUAUGACCAUUUGGAAGAGGUGACUAGCCUGGAAUUUCAUCCCAAAGAGCUCAUCUUGGCGUCUGGCAGUUCCGAUUACUCCAUCAAAUUGUUUGAUUUCAGCAAAACAUCAGUCAGAAAGGCGUACAAAACAAUCACAGAUUCUGAGCCGAUUCGAUGCAUGAAUUUCCAUCCAACUGGCGACUAUUUGUUGGUCGGAACUAGCCACCCAGUCAUUCGACUCUACGACGCCAACACUGCCCAAUGCUACGUCUGCUGUUUUGCAGCGCACCAACACAAAGACGAGAUCACCGCUGUGAAGUGGGCUCUUGAUGCAAAAGUGUUUGCAUCGGCCAGCAAAGACGGCGACAUCAAACUGUGGGAUGGAGUCUCAAACAAGUGCUUCAACACGAUCCAUAGGGCACAUGAUGGACAGGAGGUGUCUUCGUUAUGCUUUACCAGAAACGGGAAAUACCUGCUGUCCUCUGGAAAGGAGUCUCAGAUCAGGCUGUGGGAGCUGACUACUAACAGGUGUCUGAUAGCCUACACUGGGGCCGGUACAACUGGCCAGAAAGAAUACCAUGCCCAAGCUGUUUUUAACCACACAGAAGACUACGUCAUGUAUCCUGAUGAGAUGACAACAAGUUUGUGUGUAUGGAACUCUCGUAAUGCCUCCAGAAAACAGCUCCUUUCUCUGGGACACAACGGAGCUGUGCGGUAUAUAUGUCAUUCGCCCAAUUCUCCCUCAUUCCUGACGUGCUCUGACGACUUCCGAGCCAGAUUCUGGUACAGACGAAUGGCCCACUAGACCGUAAAUAUUAUGGUCUCAACGAGAUAAUUAAAAUUUUGGUCACCCCAUAGUUUUUUAAGUUAAGAAGAGGGAAAUUCUCCAACACAAUGCCAUUUAAAUUCUUUUUCUGUACAUUAAAGCUGUCUGAUUGAAUUAUAAACAUAGCUGUACUAAAAUUAGGUUUUGAAAUGUAGAAAAAAAUUAGUCUAGGUAAUAAAAUGAUCCUUCCAUAUA